AUGCUGCUUAUUUUCAGAAAAAGGAGGGAAGUUUUUCUUCUGUUCGUGUUUGUUGAUAUGACUUGUUAUCACAUUUUCUUCAUAUCUAUCAUAUUCUGUUCAUAUCUAACACAUUCUAUUCAUAUCUAUCUAUCUAUCUAUCUAUCUAUCUAUCUAUUCUCUAGCUUACUAGUUUUCCUAUUUUCUCCAUAUCUAUUUAUCAUAUUCUGUUCAUAUCUAUCACAUUCUAUUAAUAUCUAUCUAUCUAUCUAUCUAUCUAUCUAUUCUGUUCAUAUCUAUCUAUCUAUCUAUCUAUCUAUCUAUAACAUUCUAUUCAUAUCUAUCUAUCUAUUUAUCUAUCUAUCUAUAACAUUCUAUUCAUAUCUAUCUAUCUAUUUAUCUAUCUCAGUUCUUUUUCUUUUCUUUCUUCCUUCUUUUCCUAUUUCUUUUAUUUCUUUAUUGCUUUCUUUCUUUCUUUCUUUCUUUUAUGACUUUUGUCCUUGUUUCUUUACUCCUCCUCUUCUUUUUCUUUUCUCGUUCUUUUUCUUUCUUUCUCUCUUUUUCUUUUUCCGUUGUUUUGUCUUUCUUUCUUUCUUUCUUUCUUUCUUUCUUUUAUCUUCAUAUUCUUUCUUUCUUAUAUACCCCCUUUCAUUAUUUUUCCUUUCUUUCUCCUUCCCAUUCUUUCUUUCUUUCUUUCUUUCUUUCUUUCUUUCUUUCUCCAGUUAUCUGUUCUUAUUCUUCUUCUUUACACCCUUUUUCUUCUUUGUCAUUCUUUCUUUCGUUCUUACCUUUUAA